AUCAGCAUGUCUCAAGUUUAAAGCUAUUUCUCCUAUAUUUCAGGCCACAGGGUGCUUUCCUAUCUUCACAGCACAAUCCUUCUCUGGCUGGGCAAACAUAGACUAGAAAUGAGAAAGGAAGAUAGGUUGAUAAAUGAAGGCAAAGAAGGGGACAAAAGGAAUAAGAAAAGCAGAUUCGCCAGACGGUGGUGCACGCCUUUAAUCCCAGCACUUGGGAGGCAGAGGAAGGUGGAUCUUGCUGAGUUCAAAGCCAGCCUGGUCUACAAGAGCUAGUUCCAGGAGAGGCUUCAAAGCCACAGAGAAACCCUGUCUUGAAAAACAAAACAAAACAAACACAAAAGCAAAAAACAAACAAAGAAAAGCAUACUCAGAUCAUCACCUCUGUAAUAUAGCAUUUUCUCUAGAUCUUGAUCCAGAGAAGAAUAUUUGGUUACUGGAUGUUUAGUAAAUGUAGACCUGACCCUUCCAAGCUAUAGAAUCGGAAUACAGGCUCUUUACAGUUACUUCGGGUACAUGUGAUGGCUCAGAGAGUAACAUGCUUGCUGCCAAGCCUAUAUACUUAAAUUUGAGCACCAGGACCUACAGGCAUGGUAGAAGGAAAAUAACCAACUCCCAGAAGUUGUCUUCUGACCACACAUGCUAUCACAGCUUGGGCAUACCCUCCCUCCAAACUAAACAAUACAGGAGAUUUAAACAAUAAAGUUACAGCCUCCUAUACACAAAUUAUAGACAGGCCAAGAGAAAAGAGAAAAAAAACAGAGGAACAUUACCCUUCCCAGUAGCCACAAAUAUAAAUAUCUUGGGGUAACUCUAACCAAACAAGUAAAAGACCUGUAUGACAAAAACUUUAAGUCUCUUAAGAAAGAAACUGAAGAAGACAUCAGAAAAUAGAAAGAUCUCCUAUGUUCUUAGACAGGAAGGGUCAACGUAACAAAAAUGGCAAUCUUACCAAACGCAAUCUACAGAUUCAAUGCAAUCCCCAUCAAAAUCCCAACAUAAUUCUUCACAGACCUUAAAAAAACAUUACUCAAUGUCACAUGGAAAAAAAAAACCAUAAUAGCUAAAGCAAUCCUGUACAAUAAAGGAAUUAUCUGGAGGCAUCACCAUUCCUGACCUCAAGCUCUACUAUAGAGCUAUAGUAAUAAAAACAGCUUGGUAUUGGUACAAAAACAUACAGGUGAACAAUGCAAUUGAAGUGAAGUCCCUGACAUUAAUACAUGCACAUAUGAACAACUGGUUUUUGACAAAGUCAAAAUGAUAAAAUGGAAAAAGGAAAACAUCUUUAACAAAUGGUGCUGGCAUUUGACUGGAUGUUAACGUGUAGAAGAUUGCAAAUAGAUCCAUAUCUAUUGCUUUGCAGAAAACUCAAGCCCAAGUGGCUCAAGGACCUCAACAUAAAGCAUAUUUAACAAGUGGUGCUGGCAUAACUGGAUAUCAACAUGUAGAAAAAUUAAUAGACCCAUAUCUAUCACCAUGCACAAAACUCAAGUCCAAAUGGAUGAAAGACCUCAACAUAAAAUCAGCCACACUUUCUAAAUAUAGCCCCAAUAGCACAGACACUGAGAGAAACUAUUAAUAAAUGGGACCUCCUGAAACUGAGAAGCUUCUGUAAAGCAAAGGACACAGUUAACAAAAUAAAAUGGCAGCCUACAGAACGGGAAAAGAUCUUCACCAACCCCACAUCAGAUAGAGGGCUAAUCUCCAAAAUAUACAAAGAAUUCAAGAAAUUGGUCAUCAAAAGAACAAAUAAUCCAAUAAAAAAGGGGGUACAGACCUAAACAGAGAACUCUCAACAGAGGAAUCUAAAAUGGCUGAAAGACACUUAAGGAAAUGUUCAACAUCCUUAGUCAUCAGAGAAAUGCAAAUCAAAACAACUCUGAGAUUCCAUCUUACAAAUGUAAGAAUGGCUAAGAUCAAAAACACUGAUGAAAACUUAUGCUGGAGAGGUUGUGGGGAAAAGGGAACACUUCUGCACUGCUGGUGGGAAUGCAAGCUGGCACAACCCCUUUGGAUGUCAGUGUGGUGAUUUCUCAGAAAAUUAGGAGACAGCCUUCCUCAAGACCCAGCAAUACCACUUUUGGCUAUAUACCCAAAGGUAUAUACUAAAGCUUCCUUACAGAUACUCUCUUCAAACAGAAGGGAUAAAUGCUAAUAAGCACUGUUAGUGGUUACUUACCUUGCGUGAGUUAAUUUUUUUUGGGGGGAAGGGGGCUCGAGACAGUGUCUCUGUGUAGCCCUGGCUGUCCUGGAACUCACUCUAUAGACCAGGCUCUCCUCAAACUCAGACAUCCACCUGCCUCUGCCUCACGAGUACUGGGAUUAAAGGUGUGCGUCACCACCGCCUGUCAGGUGAGUUAAUUUCAAUCAUAUUUCUCCUUCCUCUUUCAGACAUCAGCAUUUUAAAAUUUUAUCAAUACUGAAAAAUCUGAACGUAGUAAUUCUUUUAUUGGAGCUGAACUAAGACUAUGGCAUAGUUUUUGGCUAAGAAAAUAAAACAUAAGGUAGGGAAGAAAGACAUCGAAAAAGGAAUUUCCCCCUUUCAUGUCACCAAUACAAAGGUCCUAGAAACAAAUAGCAUUAUCUAUGGUCAUCAUCAACUGCAGUGCCUUUUUUGUCUCAUCUCCAGGACUUAGUUAAGUUCCACAGAGCAAAAGUCACAUUCUCCCUCUUCCACGACUCCCCUAUGGGUCACAAUAGCUAGUCUUCCUAAGCCAGUGUUUAUCUUCCUAGACUUUCCUACUCUCUUCUUAUCAUGUAAGAGCAUUCUCAUUUGUAUUUAGGAUACCUAUUGCUCUGCAUCAUCUCAAACAUCAAUGUUCCUAAGAAUGCAGUUACUAAUCAAAUAUUUGAGAAUCUAUUAUGUGCCAGAAUGUGUUCCAUGUUUGGGCUAAAUCAACAAACAAAAGGAGACAAGGUCAAGUGAUUCAUGAAAAAUUUUCCAGUGAGAUAUAUACAUAACAUAUAGGAAGCGCUAAUAGGCAAGCUGGCCUGUAUUGUAACCCAGCACUUGAGGAGGCUAAAGUAAGAGAACUGCAGUAAGUUCAAGAACCAUCUGGGCUUCGAUCUCAGGUCAUGAUGGCGGGCAGACCUGCUGCGGCAGCAUCAAGCAAGUGGCCGGAUGGUUUUCAAAAAUGGCAAUUUUUUAAAAAUAUUUAUUUAUUUAUUUAUUUAUUAAGUAUACAGUAUUCUGUGUGCGUGUAUGCCUGCAGGCCAGAAGAGGGCACCAGACCUCAUUACAAAUGGUUGUGAGCCACCAUGUGGUUGUUGGGAAUUGAACUCAGGACCUUUGGAAGAGCAGGCAGUGCUCUUAACCUCUGAGCCAUCUCUCCAGCCACAAAAAUGGUAUUAUAAUGCUGCUGGAUUCAACAAACUGGGUUUAAUGCGAGAUGAUACACUACAUGAGACUGCAGAUGUGAAAGAAGCCAUAAGAAGGCUUCCUGAGCAUCUUUAUAAUGACAGAAUGUUUCGAAUUAAGAGAGCCCUGGACCUGAGCAUGCAGCAUCAGAUCUUGCCUAAGGAGCAGUGGACAAAAUAUGAGGAGGACAAAUUCUACCUUAAACCCUACCUGAAAGAAGUUAUUUGGGAAAGAAAAGAGAAAGAAGAAUGGGCAAAGAAGUGAUCUUGUGGUUGAGAUCUGUGGAUGUGCCUGGUGUCAGCAUAUUUUUAAGUUGUUUCAACCUGAAUCACAAUUUAAGAAUUAUUUGUUCUGCAGAUGCCUCACUUUAAAUAAAUGUGUAUUGAAGCCAUUCUUGGAAUUUUCUAAUUAAAAAAAAAAAAAAAAGAACCUUCUGGACUAGAGUAGACCCUGUCCCACAUACUCAACAUCCUAAUGGAGAACUAGCUUGAAUUACAGAAAAGCAGUAGAACUGAACUAACAUUGGAUAAAUACAGAGUAAGUGUAUGCAUGCUAACCCUAAGAGCUUCUGCCUCAGCAGUUACCACUAAUUCCUGAGGACCAUCCAAUUCUGACAUGUACAAUUGUAUCAUUUUAAUAUUGGUUUUAUAAUCCUGCUAAUUUUGUAGUUUUGUGUGUUAACAUAAAAAUUUGUUUUGUUCGUUUUUGAGACAGUGUUUCUCUGUGUAGCCCUGGCUGUCCUAGAACUCCCUCUGUGGACCAGGCUGGCCUCUAACUCACAGAUCCGCCUGCCUCUGCUUCCCAGGUGCUGGGAUAAAGCCAUGUCCCACCCUAUCUGUUCACAUUUAAGUAACAUUAAAAUCAGUUUAAUGACCACUGGAGUCCAGUUUAAACACUAAAGCAGAAAUAUUCUUUCGUACAAAAUUAGAAUUAGAAAGUAGUAAUAUCCAGUGGCAGUAAGAGUAAAGCAGAAACACCUUCUUAUAGCCCAAACAACCAGGUUGUAAAUUAAGUUUAUUGGAGAACAACUUGCUAACAUGUAUCAAAGUUUCUAAGGUUAGGGCUGGAGAGAUCCUGAGUUAAAAUGCACUUGCUACUCUUACACAGUACUGGGGUUCAUUUCCCAGUACCCUGCUGAGACUCACAAUUACCCGUGAUUCCAACCCCAAGGGAUCCAAUGCCUAUUUUUGGCCUCCAUAGGUACUUGCACAUACAUGGCAUAAACUCAUACAGACAUAGAAAUAUACACAUACAUAGAAAUCUUUAAAACUUUUCUAAAGUGAUCUAGAAAUUUGACAAUUGUUUUAUGAAAAUAAUUAGACGAGGAUGCAGGAAGUAUAUGCAUGAGAAUAUUUAAAUUUAAAUGCUGAACAUGGCAGUAUAUGCCUAUAAUCCUAGCACUUGGGAGGCUAAAGUGAGAGACUUGCCAUGAUUUUAAGGUCAGCUAGGGACACACAGCAAGAAGUUCACAAGAGAAAGCAAAACAACUUAUUAUAGCAUUGUUGAAUAACAAAAGCAAUUUUAAACUGGGUUUGUUACAGAUUCAACGCAAUGCCCAGCAAAAUUCUUCAAAGAUCUUGAAAGAACGGUACUUAACUUCAUAUGGAAAAGCAAAAAAACCAGGAUAGCCAAAACAAUCCUGUGCAAUAACAAAAAACUUCUGGAGGCAUCACAAUCCCUGACUUCAAACUCUACUACAGAGCUACAAUACUGAAAACAGCCUGGUAUUGGCAUAAGAACAGACAGGAGGACCAAUGGAACCAAAUAGAAGACCCGGGUAUCAAUCCACACAUUUUCGAACACCUGCUCUUUGAUAAAGAAGCAAAAAAUAUCAAAUGGAAAAAAAAGCAUAUUUAACAAGUGAUGCUGGCAUAACUGGAUAUCAACAUAUAGAAGAAUGAAAAUAGACCCAUAUCUAUCACAAACUCAAGUCCAAAUGGAUCAAAGACCUCAACAUAAAGCCAGCCACAAUGAACCUUAUAGAAGACAAAGUGGGAAGUACACCUGAACACAUUAGCACAGGGAACCACUUCCUAAAUAGGACCCCAGCAGCACAGACACCGAGAAACAAUUAAUGAAUGGGACUUCCUGAGACUGAAAAGCUUAUGUAAAGCAAAGGACAUGGUCAACAAGACAAAACGACGACCUACAGAAUGAGAAAAGAUCUUCACUAACCCCACAUCAGACAGGUCUGAUCUCCAAAUUAUAAUCCAAUAAAAAAUGGAGUACAGACCUAAACAGAGAACUCUCAACAGAGGAAUCUAAAAUGGCUGAAAGACACUUAAGGAAAUGUUUAACAUCCUUAGUCAUUAGAGAAAUGCAAAUCAAAACAACUCUGAGAUUCCAUCUUACACCUGUAAGAAUGGCCAAGAUCAAAAACACUGAUGACAACUUAUGUUGGAGAGGUUGUGGGGAAAAGGGAACACUUCUGCACUGCUGGUGGGAAUGCAAGCUGGCACAACCCCUUUGGAUGUCAGUGUGGUAAUUUCUCAGAAAAUUAGGAAACAACCUUCUUCAAGAUCCAGUAAUACCACUUUUGGGUAUAUAUCCAAAGGAUGCUCAAUCAUGCCACAAGGACAUGUGCUCAACCAUGUUCAUAGCAGCAUUGUUUGUCAUAGCCAGAACCUGAAAACAACCUAAAUGCCCCUCAAUCAAAGAAUGGAUAAGAAAAAUGUGGUACAUUUACACAAUGGAGUACUACACAGCAGAAAAAAGUAAUGAACGACAUCUUGAAUUUUGCAGGAAAAUGGAUGGAGCUAGAACGCAUUAUUUUGAGUGAGGUAACCCAGGCACAGAAAGACAAUUAUCACAUGUACUCACUCAUAGGUGGUUUUUAAACAUAAAGCAAAGAAAGCCAGCCUACAAAUCACAAUCCCAGAGAACUUAGACAACAAUGAGGACACUAAAAGAG